AUGGCCAACUCGUCCCUUAUUCCUCUCGACACUCUGACCGAAUACGCUACAUUCAAGAACCUUCUAUAUAUCUCUGGGGGAAUUAUUCUGUUCAAGAUUGCGGAGGGUGCUUACUAUCCUAUUCGCAAACUCUUUUCCCCUCUACGUGAACUACCUGGCCCAUCCAACGAGAGCGUUAUUUUUGGUAACCUCAAACGAGUAUUUGCGGCCCCAAAUUCGGUUAUACAUGAAGGAUGGCUUAAGGAAUAUGGGUCAACCCUAGCAUAUCGAGGCUUCUUGUCUUCCUAUAGAUUAUUCACAGUGGAUCCCCGUGCUCUUUCAUACAUUAUGUCGCAACCAGGUUCCUUCCCGAAGCCCGAGAAUGUUAGGCGCAGCCUUGCCGACGUACUAGGUGAAGGUCUACUCUUUGCUGAAGGAGAGACACAUAAACGCCAGCGCCGCAUAAUGAAUCCAUCUUUCGGCCCUGUCCAAGUUCGUGAACUAGUGCCAAUUUUCUGGCAAAAAUCCAACAAGCUAAGGGAUGCAUGGGUAAACCUAAUCAAAUCCGGCCCCGAGGAGCACACCAUAAUAGACGUGCUAUCUUGGCUCAGUCGCGCCACGUUGGACAUCAUUGGUGUCGCUGGUUUUGACUAUGAAUUCGGUGCCUUGGAUGGUAAUGACGAAGAUGAACUUUCCAAAGCGUUCAAUAAAGCAUUCGAGUCUGGACAACAUUUCAAUACACUUGCUAUUCUACGAGCAUUUGUCCCGAUAUUCCGUUUUAUUCCAGAUGAACUCAGCCGGGGGCGUGCUGCCAGUAUGGAAACAAUGCGCCGGAUUGGGAUGAGGUUGAUCUCCGAGAAGAAAGAUGCCCUUGAGCACGACUUGAAAACCGGUUCAACCUCACAUGGUCGGGACUUACUCACACUUCUGAUCAAGUCUAAUAUGGCCCAUGAGAACGUGUCGUAUAGGAUGUCAGACGAUGAGGUUUUAGGCCAAAUAUCAACAUUUAUUACUGCUGGCCACGAGACCACCAGUACAUCAACAACAUGGGCCUUGUAUGUACUAACAAAGCAUCCCGAGGUGCAGCGCAAAUUGCGCCAAGAACUGCUUGAAUCCCGCCUCGGAGAAGAGCCAAGUAUGAAUGAAUUAGACAAGCUACCGUACCUCGACAACUUCGUAAGGGAGUGUCUACGCGUGCAUCCUGCGGUCCCUUCAACUGUCCGUGAAGCGGCCCAUGAGGUGAAUAUACCGCUUUCCAAGAGCUUCAAGGACCGUAAUGGUGUGGAGCGGACCUAUAUAACCAUGCAAAAGGGUGAUGCUGUUUUUAUCCCGAUUUUGGCUAUGAACCGCCUGAAGGAAAUUUGGGGAGACGAUUCUCAUGAGCCUGAAAGAUGGGAUAAUUUGCCCGAAAAUGCAAAAUUGAUGCCCGGUGUGUGGGGACAUCUCAUGACAUUUAUACACGGAAACCGCUCUUGCAUUGGGUAUAGGUUUGCCGUAAUCGAGAUGAAAGCCCUUCUUUACUCACUAGUCCGAGCUGUUGAGUUUAAUAUUGAUCCCAAUAUCGAAAUAGAAGCCAAGUCAUCGAUCGUUACCCGUCCAAGGGUUGUAUCCCAGCCCGAGAAAGGAAACCAACUCCCCCUCAUUUGCAAGGUCGUAGCCACCAUCUAA